AUAAUUGCGUUUCCACAGCACCCUACCUCCCAACAGUAGGCUAGUGUGCGGCGGCUUUCACUGUCUGUGACACAGGAAUGUCCUUCCUUGCCCACUUGGAUGCUUACGGUAUGUAUCUACAGAGGAAUUGAGUUGAAAAUGGUGCCUCUUUAGGACUUUACACAGACACAAUGAAGCCUUAGAGGUUUCUGUAAAGCUCCACAGUGAGUGAGCAGUUGAGUGGGUGAUGCUGUGCUGUCAAGUGACAGAUGAGCUUGGUUAGCUAGGUGUGCUAGCCAACAUUAGCAUUGUAGCUUGUGAGGUUUCAGACAACUUCUUAAUGCUGAGUUUGGUUUGCUAGGGAUAUAUUUUGUAGGCAGAGCUCAAAAUUGCUCUUAAUUGAGUAUGAAAUGCUGAAAAGAGAUGUUUGUAAUGUCCAUUUAUAGUCUCAGCUGCCCGGUGUGUUACAUGGCUAGCCUGCUGUAGUCAAUCAUUCUCAGCUAGCUGCCAUUCCACGAUGAAAAACCAACCAGGUUGACUGGAAAGUGGCUGUUUCUCUUUUCUCCAGUAAGUGUGUGUUUCAUGAAUUAACCAGAGCCAGUCACACCUUUCCGUCACGUGCAGUAGGUGUAGGGCAGUCUGGUUCACUGGCUGCAUACCAGACAGUGUAGAUAAGGUAGCUGGCAGACAGACAGUCAGGUUACACUGCUGCUGAACACUUAAUGUGAGCUUGAUUUUCUCGGCUUAAACCACUUAUAUGGUCAAUUCUACUUUGUCUCAGUCUGCAGGGGUUUGCUCAUGUGGCUACUGAGGUUCUGUAGUUUUGAUUGUGUGUCCUGAGGCCAUGUCUCUGCAUCAGAAAUAAAGAAUAAUAGUUAUCUUGAUACAGGGGUUAGAAUACAGUCAAAUGUAGUAAUGUUCACAAAGAGAGGGUAAUGAUUAUUUCAUCAUGGGUGCUUUUACUGCCUGUCACUGCUGUUGUAAGGCAAGUGCCAAAACACAGCUUGUUUACAUUUUCUAAUGUGGAGAUCACCAGUGAGUAAGGGGUAGGGCUGGGCGAUAAAACGGUAAUGAUAUGUCGGAAAUGAAUCUCCUUCAAUCUCAAUAUAGAACAUGGUCAAUAUGCUUUUCAGUAGUCAUUGUUUGGCCUGUAAUGGCCUUGCUUCCAAACUUUUGGAAGCAAGGCCAACAAAGGAGUCCACUACACUCUGAAGAGACUAGAGGAACCUGGAAGUUAUGAUGAUAGAAAAAGACCUGGAAGAAAGAGAGUUACUACAAAAGCAGAGGAUAAACAUAUCAUUGUCACCAGUAAGAGAGAUCGGCGAAAGACAGUACCACAAAUAAGGGAGGAAAUCAAAAUGACAAGGUCAAAACCCAUAUCUCUGACAACCGGGAAAUGACGUUUGAGAAAGGCUGGUCUGAAGGGUUGUGUAUCUGCAAAAAAACACUACUUCAUCCACAGAACUAGAAAAAUAGAUAUGAGUAGGCAAAAGCUCACAAAAUUGGACUUAUGAUGACUAGAAACAAGUUCUCUGGACCGAUGAAAGCAAGUUUGAACUGUUUGGUUCAAAACGCAGAGUCUAUGUCCACAGACAAACUGGUGAACGUCUGAAAGCACCAUGUGUUACACCCACAAUUCAGCAUGGAGGUGGUAGUUCCAUGGUAUGGGGAUGUUUUGCAGGUGAUGGAGUUGGAGCUUUUGUUCUGCAAAAGAUGGUUUGGCCCCCUCAGUCUCCAGACCUUUCUCCAAUUGAGCUUGUGCGGGAUGAAUUGGAUCGAUCAGUCAGAAAAACAUGUCCCACGAAUCAGCAGUCUCCUUUUAAUGAACUAAAGAAAGCUUGGAAUGCAAUCCCUGGAAAAUACCUUAAAAAAACUUGUGGAACGAAUGCCUGGUAUAUGCCAAGCUGUUGUUAAAGCCAGAGGAGGUUACUUUAAAGAAAGCAAAGUCUAACCAACAAUAACUCAAAUACCUGAUAAUUAUAGUCAAAAUGUCUGCUGAUAAGUUACUCUUUACACAAUAGUCAUGUUUAUUGUGUUGCAAAUUAUAUAUAUUUUAUAUAUUAUAUAUAUAUAUUAGCUCACGUUACUCAUUUCCGGUCCGGUCUCAUGUGGGGACAUGCGGCUGCCUCAGUAAGAGAAGUAGCUCGAUCACGUAAUGUGUACUCACUCUGCUGUGCUGUGAGGUAGUUAGUGGAUGAAGAUUGUCAUAAGGUUGCUGCGCCAUCUACUGGAUAAGUCGGGGGAUCUUUUCAAAUGGCGGGAUGAAAAUCCACGAGUUUUGGCCGAUUACCGAUUAGUCUCAAACGGGCUAAAAUUGGCCAAUUUAAUCAGCUUGCCGAUAAAUGCGUCAGGCCCUAAUCAUGACAAACUUUUUCACAUAUUGCCCAGCCCUAGUAAGGGGUGUGCAAUGUGGACAAAAAUAGAGAAAUAUUAGAAAACCGACUCUUGUUAAAUUUAUAUUUAAUGUUGUAAAUGAUAUUAGUCAAACACUGAAACUACCAGAGCAAACAAAAGAGCAUUUUGAAUAGAUACUUCCCCUGAAUGUAAAAUCCUCCGAGAUACUCUUUGGCCCGGUAAACUGGGGCUGGGAGGUAUGGGCUAGCUAUAGACUCUUAAUUUACAAAUUUUACAAUGUAGUUAAUUCACAGAUGUUGAAAACAGUUAACAGCUAUCUUCAGCAGCAGCUGCUUUCCAAACAUUUUACAGAUUGCAACAUCUACAGAGCCGAAUCACCUCCAUGUGAGUCAGAAUGAUCCAUGUCUAGAAAUUGAAUCUAACAGUGUUGACUCUGAGGCUUGGGAUGUUUGUGUUGUCUCCUGGUACUGCUUGUUUUAACUAAGUAGCUUAUUGUAGCUUGCACUGAUUUUGCUCUUAUUGGCGUAUGCCGUAUGACCAUAUCCAUCAAUUAAGAGUGGACUCGUGUGUCGUGACUGGUUUUUAUCUUAAGACAUGAGGGAUACUCUUGAUAAUGUAAUUUCUCACAUCAUCAAAACAACAAUUAUAACAUCAUGUUACAUAAUGUUUUGUUUAUCACACACCCCUGCAUAUAUUUGGCUGUUAAAAGACAGAGGGGUGAGAUUUUAUUGUAUUUGUUAGUCAGAAAACAUGACUUUUACAUGAUCUGUACAAGAUAAGAUAAAAACUUUCUUUAACCCCGAAGGGAAAUCCAAGAGACCACAAAAACAGCUAUCAUAGGAAUCACCAUAAUUCACAUUCCAAUAAACACAGUAUUGCAAAAUUCAAGUCUAUCAUGAUAUCAGCCACAGUCCUCAGAGCUACAAGGCCUAUAAUAUUUAAUACAGCUCUUGAUAAGGAUGCUUGUACAUUCAGGUAACGAUAUAAAAAUCAUUUCUUAUCUGUCUGCAGGGUAAUAAAACUAACAGUCGUAAAGUGGACCAGUUUGAAGCCAAAGCAUGGAUGAUUACAGACAGCUCAUCAGAAAGCCCUGAGCUGGCUGAUCUCACACCCAAAAGGAGACCUCAUUCAGGGUGAAUGUGAGAAAUAUUUAAGAAGCAGUGGCCUGGAGGCACUUCUGAUUUCUGAGAUGUCAGUCAGACAACCAGACGGGAUGUCCAUUGCCCAGGCUUUGGCCAUGACUGUGGCAGAGAUACCUGUGUUUCUCUACUCCACAUUUGGACAGGUAGACCACUUUGCAUUUACCGUUUUUUUUUGCAUAUCUAUUCACUCUCACUCUAGACUGUUUAAAUGUGAUACUCGUGUUUGCCUCUCCUCUUCCAGUCAAUCUUUUCUCAGCUGAAGCUGACGCCAAGCCUGAAGAAGGUGCUGUUUGCCACAGCGCUGGGCAGUGUGGCUCUGGCGCUCACGGCUCAUCAGCUGAAGAGGCGAGGGAGGAAAAGGAAGCAGGCCACACAGGGGAAGGAAGUCCAGAAGACCGUGGGAAUACCUGAGGCACUUUUGAAGACAGGAAGGCCGUCAUCAUUAAAGAGAGGUGUGGAGAGAGCUGUUGAUAACUUAUUGUUCAGAGGUGAAAAACAUCUAAAACUUUAUGGCCAACAUCUACAGAGAUUAAUGAUCUUUUUUUUCUCUGUACAGGUCAGUUUACUGGCCGGCAGAUGAUGAGUCCCAGCACCCGCAGCAAUGACACCAUGAGUGGAAUUUCCUCCCUCGCCCCCAGUAAACACUCAAGUUCCUCACACAGCCUGGCAUCUGUAAGAAUCACAAUUCACAACUAACUCUUUGGCCUUUGGGAUUCAUUGCCUCUUUGUAAUGUGCCCCUUUUUGCGUGUUUGUGUCUGGCAAAGAUGCGGGUCCCAAGCUCUCCUAAUCAGUCUGCAAAUCCAUCCACCCCCUGGGAGGCAGAGCCUGUGGCAGAAGAGUCUGGGGCAGUGGAGGACGCAAACGCAGAGAAGCUCUAUUUAUUGGGUAUGUGUUUACUUCUACUACUCAUGCAUUUUUAGAAUUAUUACAUGGACAUGGUUACACAAUCUGUGUUUUCUUAGGUAUGGUGCAAUGACUGUUUUGUUUGUAUUUUCCCGAAUUAUGGCAGCCGCAGCACUUUGUAGACAUUUAGAGUAAUCUGAGUAAUUUAUUGAAAUAUAUUUGUUACUUUGACUUUUUAGAAAAUACACAGACUCGGCUCACUUCGACCUGUACUGAGACAUAUUAUUGAUAACACAGGAAGUGCCUCUGUGCUUUUUAAAAUUCCAUGUCACAAUUUUCCAGUUUUUUAAAGCUUUGUCAUUUUUGUUCCCUGUCAGGGAUGGAGCUGUUCGAGGAAGCUCUGCAAAAGUGGGAACAGGCACUGAAUAUUGGCCAUCACCCACACUCAACCUCCAGCAACAACAGCCUGGCUCUGCAGGGGGCAGCAAGCGCAGACUUCUCCUUGGUAACCAUCAAACAGAUAAUUAGCAGCACGGACACACACACUGCUUCAAAAAUUUGCGCUUAGUUGGACAUUUUGAUCUCAAUCUUGUUCACAGUCCUCGAAGUGAUCACAACACAGUACAAAGAAUCAGAAUCAGAAAUACUUUAAUAAUACACAGGAGGAAAUUGCUUUUGUUUCAAUCCUCCAGUGCAAAUACAGUAAAGUAAAAAGAGUAAAAACAGUAAAAGAGGAGAGUUUGUGCAGUAUAAAGUGGAGUUUGGACAGCAUCCUCCUCUCUGACACGGCCAGCAGGGAGUCCAGCUCCACCCUCACAACAUCACCGGCCUUUUUGAUCAGUUUAUUGGGUCUGUUUGAGUCAGCAACCCUCAGCCCGCUGCCCCAGCACGCAGCAGCAAAGAAGAUCGCACUGGCCAUAACAGACUCAUAAAAAAUCCUCAGCAUCGUCCUGCAGAUGUCGAAGGACCUCAGCCUCCUCAGUGGCCUCAGUGUUCCUGGUCCAGUCUAGUUUAUUGUUUAAUACAGUAAAGUUACACUGGAUUGCGCCCUUUACUGCAUAUGAGAAAAUAACUUUUGCCCCAUCCAAACUUCUUAUUUUACAGAUUGAAACUCGUAAUAAAGGGUUUGCUGAGAAGCUUGAGACGUUACUCCACAGGGCGUACCACCUACAGGAGGAUUUUGGCAGCAGUAUCCCGACAGACUCCGUCCUUGCAGACUUUGGUAAGAGUCAUAUUGGGCCCUUAGAGGAACACUCACCAGUGAGCCAGAAUGAAUAUGUUGUAGUUGAAGGUUGUACAUUCUGCACUUCUAAGGAGUAGCUUUGGAGCACAUAAUCGUUUUUCUUUUUUCAGAAGGAGAAAAUGUUUUUCUUUUACCUCCGCUAAGCCCUUCUGUGUCUCUUCCCCUGUUAGUUAGCUCCUGUGUUGUUUCUUUGGCAGAGAGUGAAGGAACUCUUAUCUUGCCCACAGUGGAGAGUUUCCACAGACUGCAAGACGACGACGCGACUACAGUUACCUCUGACGACUCCUUUUUCUCGGCUGCAGAGGUCAGCUCCCUUGCUUUGUCGCUGCAUCAGGCACACAUACUGUUAUUCUGAUUGAUCUCACAUCUUCUGCUGUCUACUUAAAGCACAUGUGCACUGAGGUUUGUGUCUGUUCGGUCUGCCCAGCUUUUCGAUUCCAUGUGUCUGGAAGACGUCUACCAGCCGCUUAGACCUGCAGCUCUCUAUGAAGAAGCUUUGUCUCUGGUCCGGGAGGGCAAAGUGGCUUAUAGGUCUCUAAGGUAACUAAAGAGUGUAAAGCUGAAUUAAUCAACAUGAGUAGCAUUGAGUGAAAACCCAGUGAGAAUUAUCCCUCCUCUCUGCAGUUAUUAUCACCUCUGCAGAAUGUUUUCAUGUCCUACAGCUCAUUGCUCAGGUUUUGCACAAAGUCUAGUGCUCCAGUUACAGAUAAUCUUUUUUAACCCAGACUUUUCUGCUCUGUGUGUGCUUACAUGAAAAUGAGCAUUAAGCCAGUCAAUCAACCCUUUUUUUGCACUAAAAGACUCAAACUUAUGGAAAAGGAUGAUGGCUACAUAUGCAGAAAAAUAAGCACCGCUGCACACAGUAAAACUAAAAAAUAAUUCAGUGUUGGUAGAGACUGUGUUUAUGACAAAUACCCUCAAUUCUACUUGAUAAUUUGUCUCAAUAGAAGUCUGAUUAGUUUAUUAAUGUAAUUAAUUAUUGAAAUUAAUUUGAUUUAAUUUUCUAAUUUGAGUAUCGUAGGUUUACUCGAUUUCUAAAAAGUUGGCUUAUUUCAACAGACUUGGCAGGACUAAAGGACCAUAUAUAGAAAUGUAUUCAACAUAAUUGAUAGAUGCUGGGCUUCUACUUUCCUUUUCUUAUUGUUUUCAUAUUUUUAUUUUGUGAAUGACCUGAAAAAAGUGUAAGUUUGACCUGAAAAUAAAAAAAGGUUCUUAGUGAUUGAUGGAAAUACAUUAAAUGGUGUCAAAUGUAUGAAGGCUGCCGGGAUGAGUGUGCUACUGGGAUUACACUUAUUUAGUGUUAUGGCUCCUAAAAUUCCGAUACUACAUCAUUAGAUCAGCUGCAGCAUAUUUCCCAUUGAGGAGAUCAGCAAGCAUAAAUUAAUGAAAACGUAUGAGAUUAAAAACAACCUACCAUGGCAAACUUGACAUCUUUUUUUCUGUUUUUACCAGAACUGAAUUACUUGAAUGUUUCGGUGACCAAGACUUCCUCGCCAAGCUGCACUGCGUGAGACAAGCAUUCCAGGUCUGUUUCUACUGAAACAUGUUUCACAGCCCCCUUUCCUAUAUUGACCAAAGCACCUUUUUUGUGGCCUUUUCAAGACAUUUUUUAAAGCUCCUGUGAGGAACUUUUGGCAUGUGCCAUAUAGGGCUGGGUAAUAUGGGAAAAAGUUUAUCACGAUAUAUACUUUCAUAUCAGUCGAAAUUUAACAGUGUUUAUUGGUAGCAUGUCUUUUGCAAUACAAUAAGCUACUGCAUCUGGGGGGUCUUUGUGUCUCCUCGACGUUUUGUCGUAAGGCGUUGCGCUAGAGAAAGCGGACUGUAUGGUCAGCUGUUUCUGCUGUACAGGCGCCAUGGGCUUCUUGCUCAGAUCAGGGUUUGUAACCUUUUGCAUUGCACGUGCUCUGCUGCGUGGUACUGCUUCAGGUGGUGAAAAAGAUUUGAGGUAUUCCCCGACUUUGCGAGAACAUGUACUCGACAUAAUUUGCAGUGCACAUUAACCCGGAGUGAACCCGGAGCAACUCCCCUUUUCAUUGGCUAUUCAUAAAGUCCACCAAACGUGGUAGAAUGCUGAGUUUAAAAAAGGAUAUUGACCAUGUUUUAUAUUGAUAUUGAGGGAAAUUAGUUUUUGAUAUAUAUCGUUAUCGUUUUAUCACCCAGCCCUAGUGCCAUACUAACAUCGCCAGUCAUGCCGCUGAUGGUCUCUUUUGCUUUUGAGUCUCAUGAAAAGGCAUCAAUAUGAAUUUACUUUGCUUCCUAGAUGCCAAAAAUCUUUUGCUUUGAACAUGACAACUUGACCGGUCUGUAGCUCUGCAGAAGUAGCCUGUAAUAAAAGUAAAAUAAACGCAGUUCUUCUCGCCUUAUGAUGCAUAAAAGUAGCUUUGAGUGCAAAAGAAAGAAGUCGUUGCCAUCAGUCUUUCAUGCUCUGCUGGCUGAUUUCCCUCUCUCCUAUAAAAUAACAAUGCUUGUACCCAGUAGCAGUUUUUCCAUUUGCAGAGCUCUGAAAGGUUUCAUCUAAUAGCUAAAUAAUGACAAAAAACUGCUUUAUUUUUGUCACGGACCCAUGAUUCAACUGCAGGGGAGUCAUCUUAUAUGGAUCUCUGAUAUCUUGUACUGCACACGAUAAUAGUUGGUAGAAACUUUGCAGCACAUUCCAACAAAGCCUGUAUCAGCUGCCUUUGUGCAGGUGCAGUCUUAGCACCCACGAGGAAUGACUCAGGUUUCCUCAGCUUCGGUGGCACUCAGACUAGAGCUACAAGGUCAGAUAAAAAGCAGCAGCUACAACCAGGAGAGCUGGCUCACAGUGUGUCUGACAUUUAGAAAAACUGAUAAAACUACUUUGGUUUCUACAGUGUGAGAUUCGCAGCAUGAUGAUAUUAACCUCUCUAACGUAUGUGUUUAACUGUUUUAGGGCUUUGGAGAAGUCGCGUGAUAACUGUGUGUUAUUAUUAUCACCUCAGGAAAGAGACUGCUCAUGCUUUUGUUCUCCUCAGAUCCUGUUGUUAGAUGAAACACACCGCACAUUUUUCAUGGAGACCGGGAAGCAGAUGAUUACAGGCUUAAUGGUGAAGGCAAACAAGGUAACACACUACUUAUUUUGAUCCUCACGUAUUACUUUCUCCUAAUUGGAUAAACAGAAGAAGCUCCUGCUGUAGUGGCCGUAUUUGCUCAGAGGUAACUAAACGGUUUUUCUUUCUUUGUUUCCACUGCAGAGUCCCAAAGGCUUCCUGGAGAGCUACGAGGACAUGCUGCUGUACACUCAGAGGGAGGAAACCUGGCCAGUUACGAAGAUGGAGCUGGAGGGCAGAGGGGUGAGUAACACUAACCCUCCAUCUUGUUAGUGUUGUAAUCUGUUGUUUGAUCAAAUAGCUUAAUGAUGUACAACGAUUUUCAUGUCAACAGUUUAUUUGUUGUUUUCUUAAUUUUGUAGUGGUUUCUUUGUUUAUUCAUUGCAGCAGCAGAGAUACUUGAUACUCAGGCAGAUUACAUGAACUUGAGAUCCUUCAGACCAACCUGAAUUAAUCUUUAACUGCAGUGUGGUCAAAUUCAGUCAAGUUACAGUGUCCUUUACCCGGUGUAAAGCUUUAUUUAUCCUUCUCCAUGCCAUCAUGGAAUGUUCGGUUUUUACCUGAUCUUAAAUAUCCCUCUUCUUCUGAGAGUGGGGAUUGUGUAGUGAUGGCCAAAUGAAGCUUUCUGAAGCAUUGAGGCUUUCCAGCCCAUUGCUUUACCCUAAGGUUCACUACUCGAAGCUUCAUUCAGUGCUCACUAGCUCCAUCUGUUGCCAGAGUUAAACUGUGACAGCCAAGUCAUUCAGAUAGAUUUCAAAUGUUUUCACAGUGCGGAUUAAGCGGUGAUGGAAAAUUAAUGGAUGGAUAUUAUAUAUCCAUAUCGUAUCACAAUAUAGAAUAAUGUUUAAUCCCUGUACAAUAACAAUAAAGUCUAUAGUGUUUGAUAUGACUCUGCUCUCCCUUUUUAUUCCUAAUAAAUAUUUUCUAUCCCUAUGAUUGUUAUUUUGGUUUGUGCUUUUCAUGGCUAUCAGUGUUCAUUAUUUAUUAAACACAUGAGGUGGUGUUGUGUGUUGGAAGUGCGGUGCUUGGGUGACAGUGCAGUAUGUUGGGAGGGGGGCAGGGAGUAGAGGGGGUAAUAAUUUUUUCUCUUUCUUGCUUGCCCCAUUAAACUACUCCUACUACCUUUACUACUAACUACUACUGCUACUAAUUCUACCACUAAUUUUACUGCAACUAACUAACCCUAUGCUUUCAAUGACUACCACUGCUGAUUAUAAUCCAUCUCUGCUACGAACGCACAAACCAAACUACCACCUAAUACAACCCACAAAGCGCUGCGUUUUUGUCGUGCUUUUAUUUUGAAAAACGACUCACAAAAUGAACCAGUCAAGUUACCUGUGUAAUGUGAGGCCUCAUUUGUCAUUGGUCACGUGGUUUUCAGCAAACCGAUGCAAGCCUCGAAGCGAGGCCUCGUCAGACACGCCCUCUUCAUACUCCGUACACGCCUCGGAGGCUCGGCUUCAAACGUCCCAUCACUAGGAAUGUGGCGUCUAUGAUUUCCAGGAAAAAUGUUGUAUUUUGAGAUGACAGUUUCCCACUUGGUCCUAGGCCAUCUUUUAUGAGCUCGGGCCCGGAGAAUUGCUGACAUCUGCAGCGACAGAAGAGCUUUAACACAGUCAUAUGUUUAUCUUUCUUCUUCUUAAAGGGUUUUUAUCCCUUUUCAUUUGUCUUAUUACAUUUUUUUAAUUUUCUUUUUUAUUGAUUUCACAUAUCAAUAUUCCAUCAACAUUUUACAUAUAUUGAACAAAUUUCCAACUGUAUAGAAUAUUUGCAUACUUCUCCAUUGCGGAGCAGAGACAGAGUUAGACAUAAAUUCAGUAGAAUAACUGUGAAGUAAAACGAAACACUUUUGAAUCAUGUCCUUUUUUUCACCUCUCUCUUGCAUUGUCCCUUUUGAAUGAACAAGUUUGUAGCCUGAACCAAGGGUAUCAAUGAUCUUUAAUACAAAAUGCCCUUACUGCACAAAGUCUGCUCUCAAUUGAGACACAAAAUCAACCCAGUUUUUCCAGUAGUUUUUAAAAGUAUCUGUUUUUAGUCUAGAUGAGAAAAUCAGCUUCUCCAUUCUUUAUGUAUCGAUCAUUACCUCUAUCAAAUCCUCUGUUUUUGGUACAUCUGCUUUAGCCAAUUUCUAGUGAUGGCCUUUUUAGCCGCCUGUCUCAUUACAAUUUUAUUAUUUGACUGCCUGUAAAUGUGAUUCUCACCCCUCUGGUGGUCAUUUUGCUGCAUUUUUGCGACAUUACCACCACCAACUGGACUAAAACGAAACUACAAGCCGACUUGUGUAUCUUGGAUUAAAAGCUACACCUCUUACAACGUUCUUUGAAAAAGUAACAGGCACUUACGUUUAAUAACAUCUGGCAUAGCUAUGAGAAAUGUGAUCACUGUGAUACUGAACUCUGCAGGUGGUGUGCAUGAACUUCUUUGACAUUGUGUUGGAUUUCAUCUUGAUGGACGCAUUUGAAGAUUUGGAGAGCCCCCCUUCUUCUGUGGUGGCUGUGCUGAGGAACCGCUGGCUCUCUGACAGCUUUAAAGAGACGGUAUACUUACACACACGCACAUAAAUGUAUUUCUAUUAUCAAGGAUCCGUUAGCUAAAGACAGAAUAUUGUUCUCUUCGUAGGCUUUGGCGACAGCCUGCUGGUCAGUCUUAAAAGCAAAAAGACGUCUUCUUAUGGUGAGUUUGAACUUAUUUGAGAACUUCCUUUCUCAGAGUAUUUCCACGUGUUUGUAGCUUAGAUUAUGAUGUCUCUGUUUCUGCCCUCCAUAGGUUCCUGAUGGUUUUAUCUCCCACUUCUAUGCCAUAUCAGAACAUGUGAGCCCAGUUUUAGCAUUUGGGUUUUUGGGACCCCGGCAGCAUUUAAGUGAAGUGUGCACAAUCUUCAAGGUGAGAGCAUGCACUUCUGAGAGGCUGUAAUCUGCAAACUUGAAAGAUUCAUUGAACAAUUUAGGUUUCACUCUUGAGUUGUCUGUCAUUCAUUUUUCCUCUUUUUUUAUGUGCAGCAACAAAUUGUCCAGUACCUUAAGGAUAUGUUUGACCACGACAAAGUCCGCUUCACCUCCACUCAGUGCUUAGCUGAGGACAUCCUGAACCUCUCCCACCGGCGGAGUGAGAUUUUACUGGGCUACCUAGGAAUCGACAGCCUCAUGGAGCUCAACGGUGCCCUGCCAAGAGACACAGGAGGCUCCUCAGAGCCUGUUAAAGAGGACUAUGGCCACUGAGGGCUUUAUUGAGCUCUUACAGGCUGAAAGCAGCGGGCUACAGCAAGGACUCACAGCUCAACAUCUUUCUUCCCAUCAAGACUGGAUCAAAUCACCAGACCCCCGUUCAUAAAUAUUAAUCAAACACUGCUGCUGUUUGAUGAUAUUUCCUCCACAUCUGCAGUAUCGCUGGUCCUUCAGCUCAAGAGGGAGACUCGUGGAUGUGAUUCCCUCUCUCUCUCUCUCUCUCUCUCUUUCUCUCUUGUUAUCAGCUGCUGUUGUGUAUCAAAAAGGCCUGCUGUAAUCAUCUGAUCUCAGACGUGAGAGGACUUGUCUCUGCCUUGUUUGGUGACAUGCACACUUUUUAAAAACACACCGGACAGAAACUCCUACCGCAUCAAGACUGGGCCUUCUACACUGUUAAUACUCCAUAAAGAGCGAGAACAUGUGGUAGCUUUGUAGUCUGUUAUUUCUAUGACUGGUGGAAUUUGGUUUAUCGUAACGGUCUUUGUUAAAUGUGAACAGAGAUUAGAGUCUGCUGAUAUUGUGCAUCUAAAUGAUUUUUUUUUAUCAAAAAAGAAGGAUUUUUGAAAUCUAUGAUGAUUCCUGAGAAGCUGAUGGAUGCUGUUUGAUGAAGAACAUGAUGGAUUGGUGUCCUCACUGAUGAUUCUUCAAUCAUCUUCAAAACCGAAGAAAUAUCCGCCCCAGUUUGGUUAGAUGGAGAAUGCUAGGAUGCCAAAAAAAAAUUUGUGAAAAUUGAAUUCAAUCAGAAGGCAGCGUAAAUCAAGUGAGUUUGCAGACAUGAAAAUAUCAAAAUUAUAUCAAAUUGUAUGUGGCAUGAAAAAAUACUUCUCAUAGUGUCUGAUAAAAUAUCAUUCUGGUGACAUUAAAACAGGAUUAUUGCUAAUUCAGAAAGUUGUAACAGAACAAUUACCACAAAAUCUGGAAUACAAGUCUCACCUGGAUCACAACCGGUCUGUUUUGGGGGCUUCUAGAGGGAAAAAGGUUCAAAAUCAUCUGGCUUGAAGACACCCAGUAUAUUCAGCAAUGUGCCGUUUUUAUGCGUAUGUGAAGCUCUCUCUGGUACCACCACUCUGCCAGCUACCUGAAUGGUAGUUUAACAUAAAGUCACAUUAAUAGUCGCAGGGUACAAGUAGAUCUGCUGCGCGUGACUCGUCCCAGUCCUGGCCAUCCGCUUUGCUUAUCAUUUGUCUGAAAUUGAAGUCUUUUCAAUCAAAUAAGCACUAUUUACGCCGCUGUUUCCAAUGAUGCAUGAUAAUAACCUAAUAAGGGGAGGAAAGUGUCAAGAAGUGGUGCAGCUAAAUUUGCCCCCCUUUGCCAUGUAUCCAGCAUUUAAGCCGUCACUUGCUUCUUUGAGCGCCAUCUACUGGAUAAAAUACCACAGCACAACAAAGUACCUUUUCUCUACAUUUUAGUGUAUUGUUCAUAUCCGUGUAGAGGACGCAGUCACUUUUUAGAUGACUAUUAAAAAUGCAUCUUAUUCUGUAAAUUUUACUGUAUUUUUAUGAGUGCUCUCAGGAAGUUAAAGCUCCUGUGAAGAACUUUUAGUUUGUUCUAAUUUGGCGCCCCCCUGUGGACAAAGCAGUCUUGGUUAUCAUGUCCUUAUUAUGCUCAAACAGUGUCAUAUCACAAAAAAUCUCGUAACUGACUCUUAACAGUCAUGUUGAAACAAAUAUGAAUAUUGUACGAGGAAAUUGUAAACAGGCCUUGACUGACACCUACCCCCUCACACUGUUUAGAGAAUUUAAAAUCAACAAUAUCAGAACGGUCAAGCUUGUCACUAAUAGUCCGAUUUUUGCUUUUGAAGAUCAUAAAAGAAUAUGAAUAUCAUCAAUAUGAAUUUCAGUUUAUUUUAUAAACACCAAAAAAGCUCCUCACAGGAGCUUUAAAGUAGCAUUAAGACUAAAACCAAGAUAAGGAAAUAAGCGCUCAUUGCUAGGAAAGGACUCUCACUCUGGGCCUUAAAGGUACAUUUGUAAAGCUUUAAGUCAUUAGAUUGGUAAAUAGAUAAAGUGGUAGAUUUUUAAGGAAAAAUUACAAAACAGUCAUUUUAAGAGAUAAAUUUGAGCUUUCAUGGUAAUAAUUUGACACAGCCUCUUCUAAGACCAGCUGUAAAAGAUGGAUUACCUGAUGGAUUACCUUAUCAUGGAAGGAAAAGCCCAGACGCUGUUUUAAAUAAUAAUAAUAAUAGCUCUGUUGUGUUCAAGUGUCCCAGUGAGCAGUGACUAAAGAUCUUGCAUGCACAGCACCAGGAGGCUGAAAGUGAAGCAGUGAAACCGAACUCAGUCGUGAUCCAUUUCAGUACAUAAAACUGUAUUUUUCUUACUGCUCUCUUAAUGUCAACAUGUUUUCUGUAAAUAGAAGCCUACUGCUGUCAGGCCUUCAGGAAAGUGCAGAGACUUUUUAAGAGAUAGAAAAAAAACAAUCAGUGCCAUUUAUUAGACUUAGCUGAAUAUUGUUGUUUUGUUUCUGAUGUGAUGAAGAACUGAGCGUUGUACAGUCAGACUGUAACAUACCUAACAAGUGCACUGAUGAUAACUUCUGACUGUUUGUUUCCCCCGUUAUGUAAAAUAAGGGAGGUUGUAAUACCAGUUUAUCUUUUGUGAUAUACCCUUAAAUACCAGCCCUGUUAAUAACAUAUACAUAAUAUUGGCAGAAAAAAACACUGAGUACUCACUUGAACUUGCCAACUUUGGCUGACACUCUCUGCUACCACUAGCACUAAAAUGUCACAUUUUGGGCAUUAUUGGAGGUCAAUUUGGAUGUUACUACUGGUAUCUUUUAACAAAUCUUUGUGACAGAGGAUACUCUCAGUUGCCUGGCUGUGAUCCCAUCAUGGGUAACUCCACUACUGUAAAGGUAGAAGUGUGAUAUGCAGAGUGUCAUGGAAAGAUUAUUUAUUAUAAACAGCAUUCGAAUUACAGAAUGUAUGCCUGCUGCUGCUGCCUGCAUGAAUGAGAUAAGGGAAGAAAACGCUGUCAAAUUACUUUUGAUUUCAUAUAAUUUAAAAGUGCUUCUGUUUGUCACACAAAGAUAAGGAAGUCUGGUAUUUGUUAUUCUUUUGUCAUGACCUUUUUUGUUUCUUUGGCUCUUAAAAAUCACAAUGCAAUACCAUUCUGUUUAAUUUUGGAGUCAGUAUUACAGGAAUAUUUCUGUGUCUGUCUAUAUGAAGAAAGCUCUAAAAAUAGAGUUCUUCAUUUUGACAGACGUGCAGCUUUAUGAUUUCAAGCAUUUUGCACUUUAACUGAAAAGCAGGAAGAUACAGGAAUGUCCAAAAACCCUCCUUAAAUAAUCUGUUUGAUUUACACAAACAUACUGAAUUAUUUAUUGCCUCAUAUAACUGACAUAUUAUAGAUAUGAUAGGGCAUAAUAACUGUACAGUAGAGAACUAUCUUUUCCAAAAAAAAGUUUUAUGGAAAUGUUUCACGCUAUCCAAAGUUUUCAUCCUUGAAAUUAUCAUUAGUUUUUCAUUUUUCGUGUGGUGCAAUCCCUUACAACAUGCUCUGAAGAGAUACCCCCCCCCCCAUUAUCGUAGAGUGUCACGUAUAAUUGCAAGUAUGCAUUGUGCAGGUUAAUGCAGUUAUGCAAAUGUUAAGUCUUGUGUUCACACAUGUCUGCUUUCUCUGUGUCCUGAGAGAAUAUGAAUUCCUCUUGCAGCCUCUGCAUGUCGCAGUUUAGACUUCCUAAAGUGUGUUUAUUAGUGUAUCCCUGCAACAUUAAGACCCAAACUCCGCUCUCAUCUAGUUUUGUAAACAUCAAUUAGAAUUAAGCUCAAGAAACUGCUAAGGAACGUAUAAUCAUUUGGGUAAAAAAUCCAGCAUGGACUCUCCUGCGAUGCUUAUAUUUAAUAGAGUAUAGGAAUCUCAGAUGGCCAAAAUGUGAAAAGAAUGAUUGCUUUAUUCUUUCUGCAAGUCACUGCUGUACAUUACAAGUGUCCUAAUCAUGCCUUCUGUCUUUUCUAUUGGUGUCAGCACAAACUGUAAAUUAAUUUUGAUUCUCCAUAUUAAAUGUUAUUUUUGGUUAUUAAACAUGCCUUUUCCCUACCAUGAUGUCUUGUUGUAUUUAUCUUUCCACCAGGUAUCAUAUUA